AUAAGCUACGUGGAAUCAGCUUAGCCAUCAACACACAUAAGCGCUUAAUUAAUAUGCUGGGAAGCCUAGCCUCAUUCAAUGUUCUCGUUAAAUUCUCGUUACAAGUGCUCUUCUAUUUCUAGAGCGUCACUUCCAUUUCUUCUUUGUUAACGAACCCCUUACCAGAAUGCUAAGCACGUAAGACCCCUCUAUUGCACACGCAGCGAACGAGAUGGAAAGCCUUCGGCGACAAGGCCGCGACCGCUUUCUCCAUCGAGUCGAGAACCUCAGCCCCGAGUGUAAAGUUCUCGAGAUCUCGAGUUCGGGGAAUGAUGCUAUUUAUUCGGAAAGAAUGAUGCCCAUGGAUCAGGUUCAGAAUUAUAUCCGAACCGAUUCUGAACAAUCGAUUUUCAGACUCGUCCAGUUCACGGUUUCCGUAUUUGUUCAACCUCGACCAAAGGAGUAUGGGGAGCUUGCUUGGGUUUUGGAUGUGCUCAUGGAGCUAGGCAUCGAGACGUAUUUGAUUGAUUCGCAUAUUUGUGCCACUGGGUGUGAUAUGAUGGAACGGGAGUUAUGUAGAAAAGGAAAGGUGAUCAAUAUGAUUGCUGAGACCGGCUACAUUUUUAUGGCUGGAUCAUACAACCAAACAACUAGAUCCACGACAUGCUUCUUUUUUGUUUGGACAACUGGUUCUGACUCAAAGAGACAGUUGAAGUAUACUGCCGAAUUUAUGAAAGCAAAUGCGAGAUUAUAUCAAGACAAACACUUUUUGCCAUUUCUUCUCGUGCGUUUGUUUACAGACCACAUUUUCUGGUUAUUUCCAAAAUAUUACAGUGAAGACUUUGGUCGUUUCGACGAGGAAAAUCUUCAAUUAUGGGAUAAUAAUUGUACCAAUCUACGAUUGAUACAGCGCGACUCCUAUUGUAUCAAUGACAUUACCAGCUACAUGCGGGCUUAUAUAGAUGGAAGCACAGAGCAGGGAAAUUCGAGUACAUCAUCUCAGGACAUACUUGAUGGCGAUUUGGAUAUAAGAGAGGCAUUUAGGAUGAUGGAAUUGCGCCUGCCUUCGAUUCAGCGCCGAAUUGAAUUUGAACGACAAAGGAGUGAUGAAUUUCUCUCUCGGAUUCCACGGAGACUAAUGCGCGAAGACACGAUGGCCAGCAUCGAGCUAGCUAAGGCUGGUGUUGAGUUGACUAGAGCGGCUAAGGGGGACAGCUCGUCUAUGAAAGUUAUCGCGGUGAUGACGAUGGUGUUCCUACCCGGAACUUUCAUUGCCGCAUUAUUCGCAGUGCCGUCGUUGAAUUGGAACGGAGACGACGUUGUGGGUGAGAACUUUUGGAUGUAUUGGGCCUUCACCAUACCUUUCACCAUACUGGUGCUUGUCUUGUGGCUAGUCAUCACUCAGCGGAAGCAGAUGCGGAGUGCGUUCGAGACGUCUAAGAAGCAAUGGUACGCUAAAGCAGAUGCGCUUAUAAGACGACUACACAGGGAAGGGUCGACAGUUGGCAGAGAAGAACAAGAGCGGGAAGAGGUUUGAAGGUGUACGAGUUAAUGGCGGGUGUGGCAUGUUGAUGAGAAGAAUUGGCGGACCAUGUUGGUAGGAUUUAUAACUAGAACCUCUUGUGGUCGACAAUUAGAAAUUUCUUAUGUGUUUUCCUUAUCUCAAACAUCGAUCUGUUCGUUGUGUUGAGGUUUUCUUGACUUUCAGCUUUAAAGAAAUCGAAAAUUUUGUCGUCUGAAAGUUGAAAUGUUAGGUAAAUUGUAUCGUAACCUAAUGAGUACCGGUGUACCAACCCUUAUUGUAAGCCCACGUGAUUUCGGGUUUCUGCAGUGCUUU